AGCCACCCCCCCGCCCGCCGCCCCGCGCAGCCCGGCGGAGGCGGCGCCGUCGGAGGAGGAGGAGCAGGGCACUGCGGCUGGCCCCGGAUCGGGCGCUAGAGCGGCAGCGGCUUCGGCAGCAGCGGCGGCCCGGGCCGAUGCAGCGGGACGCACCGCCCCGAGCCCCAGCCCCGGCGCCCCGGCUCCCCGCGCCCCCGAUCGGGGCCGCCGCCAGCAGUGGCGGCGGCGGAGGCGGGGGCAGUGGCGGCGGCGGAGGCGCCUCUGCAGCUCCGGCUCCUCCUGGCCUCCCGGGAACUACAAGUCCCAGGGGGCCUGGCGGCGGGCGGCGGGCGGAAGAGGCGGGGUCGGCGCCGCGAGGCCGGAAGUGGCUGUGGAGGCGGAAGUGGCGCGGCCGCGGAGGGGCCUGGAGCACGGCGGCGGGACCCGGAGCGGGAGCGGCGGCGGCGGCGGCAGCUGGGGGCGGCGGCGGCGGCGGCGGUGCACUGGAGGCGGCCAUGGCAAAGCAGUACGACUCGGUGGAGUGCCCCUUUUGUGAUGAGGUGACCAAAUAUGAGAAGCUCGCUAAGAUCGGCCAAGGCACCUUCGGGGAGGUAUUUAAGGCAAAGCACCGUAAGACCGGCAAAAAGGUGGCUCUGAAGAAAGUGCUGAUGGAGAACGAGAAGGAGGGGUUCCCCAUCACAGCCCUGCGGGAAAUCAAGAUCCUCCAGCUUCUAAAACACGAGAACGUGGUUAACUUGAUUGAGAUCUGUCGAACCAAAGCUUCCCCCUAUAACCGUUGCAAGGGCAGCAUAUACCUAGUGUUUGACUUCUGCGAGCAUGACCUUGCGGGGCUGCUGAGCAACGUCUUAGUCAAGUUCACGCUGUCCGAGAUCAAGAAGGUCAUGCAGAUGCUGCUCAACGGCCUCUACUACAUCCACAGAAACAAGAUCCUGCACAGGGACAUGAAGGCGGCUAACGUGCUCAUCACCCGCGACGGGGUCCUGAAGCUGGCAGACUUCGGGCUGGCCCGGGCCUUCAGCCUGGCAAAGAACAGCCAGCCCAACCGCUAUACCAACCGUGUGGUGACGCUCUGGUACCGGCCCCCGGAGCUGUUGCUCGGGGAGCGGGACUACGGCCCCCCCAUUGACCUCUGGGGUGCCGGGUGCAUCAUGGCGGAGAUGUGGACCCGCAGCCCUAUCAUGCAGGGCAACACCGAGCAGCACCAGCUUGCCCUCAUCAGCCAGCUCUGUGGCUCCAUCACCCCUGAGGUGUGGCCAAACGUGGACAAGUACGAGCUGUUUGAGAAACUGGACCUGGUCAAGGGCCAGAAGCGGAAGGUGAAGGACAGGCUGAAGGCCUAUGUGCGUGACCCCUACGCGCUGGACCUCAUCGACAAGUUGCUGGUGCUGGAUCCCGCACAGCGCAUCGACAGCGACGACGCCCUCAACCACGACUUCUUCUGGUCUGACCCCAUGCCCUCGGAUCUCAAGGGCAUGCUCUCCACCCACCUGACGUCCAUGUUCGAGUACCUGGCGCCACCGCGCCGGAAGGGCAGCCAGAUCACCCAGCAGUCCACCAACCAGAGCCGCAAUCCCGCCACCACCAACCAGACGGAGUUCGAGCGCGUGUUCUGAGGGCCGGCUGUCGGCGCUUUGCAUUAGGGCAGUUUUAUUUUUUCUCCUGCUGUGUGACUUGCGUUGUGGAGGUUAUGGGGCAUUUGAGUUUUCCCUAGUGCUUUAUUUUAUUUGAUCCCCACCCUGGGCACUGGGAACGCCAGCUGAGUGGACUGGAGGAAAGCUUUGGCUGAAAGCCCAGGAGGGCACUGGGGCUGCCUCCCCUGGUUCCCUGGCUUUCGAGGUGAUGACCAGAGGGUCUCCGUUUACUUUCAGAGAGAAAUGGGGUGGGAGGAGAGGCACACCCCACCAGUGACUUUGUAAGCGUUCCCAGCGUGACCGGAGCAGGGGACAGGCCCCUGGCCUCUCGUCAGCCCGCCUCUCGAGAUGAGAAACUUGCGUGGGGGAUGGAACCAGCCUCGGGAAUGGGCUGGUCUUGGCCCAGCCCUCGGAAGCACUGGGGCUGGCAAAAACUUGGUUUCUUCAAUAGAAAAUUUUAUCGUGUUUCUUUUGUUCAGUUGUUGGGAGACAUUCCUGGACACAGUUUGGUCAGUUACGAUUAAAGUUGACUCUCUUUUUUUUGUUUUUCACCC